GAUUGAAUAUAAUGGAUGUGAAUUCGAUUUGUUCUUUGCCGCCGAUUGGUCAUCCUCCACCAAAGAAAAUUCCAGAGUUUCCAUCCUCUAAUUCUUCAAUCGAACGUGUUCAUAGUUUACCAUCACCACCAAUUAUUGAACCUCCGAACGAAAAAGGAGGUCCGCAUCUUCCACCGUUGACAUCGAUUCUGCAAGAUACAACUCCCUUAUCUCCUUCGAUACAAUUUCCAAAACCGCAACACAUUUUAAACCCUGCCAUUCAUAACGCACCGAUCACUCCUAAUCAACAUAACCAUUCGUUACAAAGUCCCACCUCGAUGGGACCUCAGUUAUCUUCUUUAAAUAAAAUUGAAAGUUACCCUGGUUAUCAUGAAUCGAGUCAAGAUUCGAUGACUGAUGACAUACAUCCUCGGCCGAUGAUAAGAAAACCUUCGUAUGGUCCUUCUCCACUAUCAUCAAGUUCAAACUCUUAUAAUAUACCGACACCAGUUGCUUCCCAACGACAAUCCUGGCAACCUGUCGAGCAUCAACAGCCUUACCAUUAUCAACAAUCUUUACCACCCUCUACUCACUCGCUAUCACCACCGUACUUAUACGACCAGCAACAAGCGACGCGAUUCGGUCAUAGUCUUUCUGCUCUAUCGCAGCAUUCUAGUUAUCCUCAAUACAGUUCUUAUCUAAGUAGAGAUAAUCCGGAAUCUCCUUACGUUCAAACUACCGAGCCACCUUUGGUUAAAUUGGGAAAGGUCGUCGACCAUUGUAGCCAAAUCUCUCAGUUUGCCUCUCAGUACCGUGACGUGCACCUUAAUCAAGGUUCAUGGAACUCUAUUAUGCUUCAAGUUAAUGAAACUCAAUUGACAAAUAUAAUAAAUAGAGCUUACGAUGUGCUAAAUAUUUUAACCGGAUUAAAGAACGAAGUUACAUCAAGAAAUUCUGAUCGUCCUGACAUAACCUCACAACGCACAAAAUACAGAAAAAGAAGUAAGCGUGCUGCUCCACCAGGGAGAUGUCAUUCAUGCAAUAUCUCCGAAACGCCUGAGUGGCGCCGUGGCCCCGAUGGUGCUAGAACGUUAUGCAAUGCGUGUGGACUUCAUUUUGCAAAAAUUACAAGAAAGCGUGCAUUAUCUGCUAUGCAACAACAAUUACAACCAUCAUCUGCAUCAGAGACUGCUGCAUCCGAUAUAAAUUCACAAAUUGAUGCUAAUGGUCUUCAUGACUUGGCAUCAAUGCCAACACCCGGCGCUUCGGACGUCGAAAAAGAUUCACCUCCUCUCAAACAGUCGCGAAUUGAGUUGAAUGACGACAAACAAUUAAAUUAA